AUGUCGUCGUCGCAGACCAUGACAGCGCCUGCGGUCGGUCACCGUCCUCCUGAUUCGACUCAGGACAUGUCCCCUUCCCUCUACGACUAUUCUCCCUCUCAACAUCCUCUUCCUCCCCGUCCUCCCAUCUCGACCGCUGCCUCCUCCUCCUCCCCGCCCAGCGACUCCGCAAUCCGCGCCCUGCAGGAUUCUGCCCCCGACCUCCCGACGGCGCCCUCAUCCUCCCAUCCGCCCCCGACGCCCCCCAAUGGCCUACCCUCCGUCUCCCCCAUCAAGUCCGAUCCCGAUUUGCUCGAUCUGCCCGCCGACAUGGGCGACGUCCAGCCGCAGUCGGCCCUGAGGCGGCAGUCCGCCGCCAGCGCGCUCCUGGCCCAACUCCUCGGCAAUCAUUCCCAGCCAUCUGCCGCAGAGACAGAUCCGUCCGCCGACCACCCGUCCGAUCAGGGUGCCCAUCCGCCCCAUCUAAACGACUUCGAUCGCCUGGAGGACGGAGAGGGGUUCGGGGAGGGAAUGGCGGACGACGCCGCUGGCCUGGAGAAUCCCCUCGGGGGCGGCCCUAUCGACGAGCGGAAUCAGACCCCAGCACAGACCGAGGACGUUCCGCCGGACGACACAAAGCCGGAUGUAUCGUUUGAGGACUCCCUCUCCCAUCCCGAUCCCCGUCUGAGUACCCCCGUCCGGUCCACCGACCUGGCCGAUGGCCUGACCGACCCCUUGCUCUUCGCCAAAUCCGGCCUCGACCACUCCGAUCUCUUUCCGCCCUUCGACGUUACGGCCGCCCCCAAGACCCCCUUCGAGGCAUUGCAGCAGAACGAGAUGCUCACGGCCGCCUAUCUCUCGCAGAGCGCCGACCUGUCGUCCCUGGGCUAUUCGGGCGGUUUGUCCCACGACGUGAUUGGCGAUGGCGCUGGGUCGGAGCCACGCAUCCAGGCCUUUGCCAAGUUGGAGUUCGACGAUGGCCACUUCUACUGCAACACCUACUCCUUCGUCCUCGGGCGAGACGUCCGCGCCGCACGCGCCGCCCAUCAGCGCGAAUUUCAGGCCCGCCAGGUUAUGCGGUCCUCCCGCCCCAAGAGCUCCAGCGGCGGCCACACCUCGCACACCCCCGGCCGCGCCAAACACGACGGCAGCGGCAUGAUCGGCAGCGUCGUCAGCGACCGCGGCGGCAUCAUGGGCUUUGACCCGGACGUGCCCCCUAAUCUGUCCCGCAUGAGUCGACGCUCCUCCAACUCGUCCCACGGCGAGGCCGCCCCGCCGCUGCAUGCCAACCCGGCUCAGCUGCACACCACCACCACUACUACUGCCGCCCCCAACAACACUACCACCACCACCACCACCACCGACUACAACGCCCUCGCCAUGCAAUCCUUGACGGACGGCCUUGGGGAUGCCAAGCCCGUCGAUACCCUGGCCCUUCUUCCCUCCCCCGAUUCGUGUCCGACCAUCCCUAUCCACCCGCCGGCCACUGUCGACGGCACCGCGGCUGGCCACCGGGGGAUCUCCCGCAAGCAUGUCAAGAUCGCAUACAACUUCGACAAGUGUCUAUUCGAGAUGGAGGUCAUGGGGCGGAACGGCGCCUUUAUCGGAGCGGACUGGCUCUCCCCGGGCCAGAUCCGGCCCCUGCACAGCGGCGAUUACAUCCAGAUCGGCGGUGUACGCAUUCGCUUUUUACUACCAGACGUCCCCAUCGGGGAGACCGGCGCCGAACGGGCGGACGACGCGCUCGGAGCCGACGAGGACAAAGCCGCAUCGACCCUGGCCGUCGAGACCGAGGGCGACGGGAUCAAGGAUCCUAAUCAGGCCAAAUCCGUCAAGUCCAAGGAUGCAGACCCGGGCCGGCUGGUACAAUCGAUCGAACCGAGCGAUCCCUCGCAGGCCCCUGCCCGGCGUCGCGGGCCUGGACGCCCACCCAAGGACGGCAUCAUGUCCAAGCGGGAACGCGCCGAACUGGCCCGGGAGCAGAAGUUGGCGGCCAAACGUGAGGCCAACGGUGGUGUCACGCCGCCUCCAGUGCCCGUCCCGGCCCAACGCCCCAAGGCCGGCAAGACCACGACGACGAUGACGACCACCGCCACGACCCCGGGGGCGACGACGGGCGCGACGCCGGGUGCGACGGCCACGGCCACGGCCAUGUCGGUCCCGCCCGCGGGGCCACUCAAGGAGUCCGUGGGCCCCGAGCUGUCGCCCGGAUCCAAACCCGAGAAACGCAAGUACACCAAGCGGAAGAAGCCCGACGGGACAACCAUGGACAUCCCAUUCCCCACGACGGAGGGAGGGUCCUUUUCCAUGGAGCCGCGUCCCGAGGAGUUCAUCAAGGCCCCGCCGGUCAAGAAGCGCAAGCCGUCCCGCUCGCCCUCGCCCAACUAUCCGCCGGAAUCGGCCUACGGGCCCGAAGACCUGGCCAAGCCCCCCUACAACUACGCGGUGCUCAUCUUCGACGCCCUGACCGAGGCGGGCACGCCCAUGACGCUCAAGCAGAUCUACCGCGCGCUCAAACUCA